AUGUGCAUCUGGAACGUAGCCAGCGGCCAGUGCGUCGAGAGCGUCCAGCUUCCCUACAGGCACACUGCUAUCUGCUAUUACCACUGCUCAUUCCGGAUGACGGGAGAUGGCUGGCUUCUAUGCUGCGGGGAGUAUCAGGAUAUCCUGGUCAUUGAUGCCAAGACCCUGGAGGUCCUUCACACUUUCGUAUCGUCGCAGUCUCCCGACUGGAUCAACUGCAUGUGCGUUGUUCACUCCACAAGGAUUCAAGAGGACUCACUUCUGGUGGUGUCGGUAACUGGCAGCCUCAAAGUGUGGAACCUGUCUUCAUCCAUCAAUAGCAUCCAGGAAAAGCAGGACGUGUACGAAAAAGAAUCUAAAUUUCUGGACUCCCUCAACUGCCGGGCGAUACGAUUCUGUCCCUACACGGAGAGGCUCCUCCUGGUUGUCUUUUCCAGCUGCUGGAAGGUCUAUGACUACUGCGACUUUUCUCUUCUGGGCAGCGAAGCCUGUCUGAGGGGCCAGGCCUUAACUGGCGGAGAAGUGCUCACGGCCCACAGGGUCCUUAUCUGGACAGACGCCGGGCAUGGUGCCAUCUACCAGCUGCGGAACAGUGCGCGCAGCAGAGGCCCCCUCCCAGCUGACCGACAAGUGUUCAAAGAAGUUCUUUCUCCGCAUUUGCUCUGCUCCACUUCGGUAAAAGGAAACAAGAGCUAUCCCUUUGUGAUGGGCUACUUGAACGAGAGGAAGGAGCCCUUUUAUAAGGUUCUCUUCUCGGGAGAAGCAUCUGGAAGAAUUACUCUGUGGCACAUCCCCGAUGUCCCAGUGUCCAAGUUCGAUGGCUCCCCCAAAGAGAUCCCAGUAACUACCACAUGGGCCCUGCAAGACAACUUCGACACAGACCACACCAUCUCCCAGAGUAUCAUUGACCACCUCUAUGUCCCCAGAGGUGGGAGAGGAAGAGCUGUUGUCACGUCCUCUGUGUACGUUCCCCAUCUCAACAGACUCAUCUGUGGGUGCGAAGACGGCAGAAUCUUCAUUACUCUGGCUUUGGAUGCCGCAAGAGCCAGGCUUUUGGAAGGUGUUUCCCAGCUAAGAGAGCUGCUGCCCCACAAAGUUCUCCUUGGCCACAACAGAGGCGUCACUUCAUUGCUUUAUCCCCAUGGCCAAUCGUCCAAGUUUGACCAGAGCUGGUUGGUGUCGGGGGACCAGGAUUCCUGCGUUGUCUGGUGGGACAUUUUUACGGAAGAGAUUUUGCAUAAGUUUGCUCUGCAAGCUGGUCCCAUAACCAACCUUCUAAUGUCACCAGAAAACUACAGGCUGAAGGAGCAUGGGAUCGUCUGCUGUGUGUGCGGUGACCAUUCGGUCGCCCUUCUCCACCUGGAGGAAAAGUCAUGCCUUCUGCGUGCUCGGAAACAUCUCUUUCCUGUGAGGAUCAUCAAAUGGCACCCCGAGGAAAACUUCUUAAUCGUCGGAUGCGAGGAUGAUUCCGUUUACGUCUGGGAAAUUGAAACAGGCACUCUGGAGCGGCAUGAAACGGGCGAUGGGGCAAAGGCCAUCCUGAACUCCCGUGAGGAUGCUGAGCUGGUAUUGCCCGAAUCUGGCUUCCCGGGAGCCAUGGACCCUCACCGGCCAAAGAAUGCAGAGCCCAAGUCGCCCAGCUCCCACAGGCUUGGCUCACUUUCAUCACCCAUUUCUCAUGCGGAGAAGGCUUUGCGGAAGGGCCCUGUUCCUGACUCUUUCCAAGGCCCGUUCAGUGUGUUACCCAUGAAGAUGAAAUGGAGCAACAUCAGCUUCCACAUCCUUCUGUUUGAUCUGGAAAACCUGGCGGAACUCCCAGCAUCACCGCGCCUCAACAGCCUGCCAAGCUCUAACUCCCUCCACGGCAGCGACUUCCUCAGAAGAGCCAAGAGCAUGGGAGAGAAAAGGACGCUGACGUUAAGGAGAAGCAAGGCGGCAGACUCUCCACCACCCAUCGAGAAGCCAGGCAGAACCGGGUGUGGGGGCCACGGUCCGAGAGAGGACCUUCCCCUCCAAGUCCUGGAAGAAAACGAUGGUCUGAAAAGGCAGAAGAAAGCGAAGAACUCCAAAAAAGCCCAUCUCAAGCCGUCAAAGAAAAUCGAUGAGAACCUGACGCUGGACACGGCUAAACUCCUCCUGUCAUGCCUCUUGCCAUGGGGAGUGGACAGGGAACUAGAUCGUCUUUGCGUCCGCCACCUAAAUCUCCGAAGACUUCAGGGGCCCGUGUCAUUUGGGCUCGUGUCCAGAGAUGAUCACCUCUCUUUGCAGCUCCCAGGCCGCAACAGGAGUCAGUCAGAAGAGCAUUCGGCGUUCAAUCUGUUUUCCAGAAAAGUGCUCGACUUGUCGAACAAGUACACCGCUGCUCUCCCCCGACAGUCCAGAGCCCCAGCACUUCUGGAAAACAGCCAGGAAUCAUCCCCAGCACCAGAUGCUAUAUUCUAUUUACUGAGCCGCGUGUUUUUCGUUCAUGAGAUAGUGCACGUGCCCGGAGAAUUGACUGAUAGACUUGCCAGUUCUCAGAAAAUGGAAUCUGUGCGGAGCAAGGGGAAAAGUAUCAGCAACGAGGGGUUGAAGAAAACAAGUUUCUAUGGGAACAUACCAAACAGUAAGCACGGAGACUGUGUGCCUGAUACUGAAAAUGUUUCCUUGGUGAAGCUCAUUUCCUGCUGGAGGGACCAGUCUGUGCAGGUAAUGGAAGCAAUGCAAGCCGUUCUGCUGGCUGAAGUUCAGAGAAGUCUGAUGACCUUGAAGGAAGCCUCACUGAGCAUUCAGCCCAGGUCCACGGGAGAGGAUGGAGAGGAGGAACAGAGCCGGCCAAGGGAGGGGCAGAGGGAGCAGCUACUUGAGCGACAAUCCGUAAAAACCCCUCCUCUGCCAAUCACAGCCUCUCCUUGCAGUGAUUCUGUCUUAGCCGGUGUCCGAGGAGCUGAGAGUGAGCCUGAACGACGUGUCCUGGAUGCGGCUGAAAGUCCAGGGGAGAAAAAAGCUCAUCCAUGGAUAGCUAAGGUGUGUUCCUGCAAGGUGUGUUGAAACGUCGGCUUGUUUUAAAGACAUUGGCAUUUGGAAAAAUGAUCUUGAAAAUCUAAAAUGCACCACAAUUUUCUCACUUGAUAAAGACUUCUGGGUGGUGGAUUAAAGGAUUCCCCAGCAGGGAACACCUGACUUAGCAAUCUUGCAUCCAAAAGAGGGACCGCUUGGUCUCUUUGGAAAAAUACCCUGGAUACCUUCUCAUGAACUUAGCUCCCGCUGGUCUUCAGGAACUGUCGGCUCUUUAUCACUGGUGAGCUCAACCAACAGGACACCCUGCUUCUUUCAACAGAUUUAUGUAAGCCCAGGAAAUGCAUUACCCCAGAAAGUGUACAGGCAGAAGGUACAUGCAGGCUGAAGAAGUGAGUUGGUGGGGGAGGUGGGUGGGUCACCUCUAACUAUUAAGAUUGGUGCUCCUGGUUGGCAACCACCACACGGAUCCUCCAGAGUCCCAUAGCCACCGUUGGAGACAAAAUCCCUGGCUGGAUGCACGACUGGUCCGACCCACUCCUGGUGUUGCUCAUAAUCUUAAAUUCUCAUAUUGCAACUUUCCAAGAUCUUGAAUUGGAGUGCUCCAAUAACCCAACGGACUUUCGCACCAUGCUUUCAAUUCCAUCAGGGCUUGAUUUGUACAAAUGAAAUCUACUCAUGUAAUAUGAGAAAGGUAGAUGUGUUCAUAGUCUGUACCUGAAUCUUAAUAAGCUGGAAUUUCUCACCUCCUAAGGGAAAGGCAAUUUUAAAAGGGAAAACCUUGGGCAUCUGCUCAUCCGACCAACCCUGGGGUGGUCAGCUGUGUCGGCUGCCCUUAUUAAUCAGAACUCCCAUUCUCCAGUGUUCCAGAAGUGAAGGAAGAAGUGCUUCUCCACAAACACAAUGGAAAGUAAAUGUGGGUGUAAAGUGUUCCACAACCAGGUGUUGUGUUCCUUCAGGAAGCUCAUCCUUAUCCUCAACUAAAUAGGCCCAGAAAGGGCUGAUGCCUACAUUCCCAUUUCACUGGGGAUUGUUGGCAAAAAUCCACUUCAAGAGAGACAUUAUGUUUGUUUUCAGACUAAGGAGAAUUAUUUAGACAUUUCUCAACAUUCCACUUCAGUCAAUGCCCGUAACAGAUUCUGUCCCACCACCGAAAACAUGGACAUACUGAUUUUCAAGCUUCUGCUAUUUCUCAUCCAAGAACCAGAAGCAUCUUUUUUCCAAAAAUUGGGAAGAACAGUUUCAGAGAGACUUUAACAGCUGAGGUUAUUUUAAGAUUCCGUAGUGGGACAUCUUGAAAUCUCAUGCCUUUUGAAGUCUAAAAGUAGGUUUUUUCUUUGGGUAUAAAUAUUUUCAAUGUUGGAUGCUUCAUCUCUGUAAAUGAUUGAUGCAUCAGGCAUGCAAAUCCCAAGUAUCAUGUUGAAACAGUGUUUUUCCAAAAAGAGAAUGAGUUAACCAGAAGAAUGAUGUCAUUUUGCCUUGUUAAACUUUUUAUCUGUGUUGGUAAUAUAUAAUAAAGA